GGCGGCUUUGAGGAUUUGGCCGGGGCUUUGUCUCUUGCCGGCGCCGAAGUUUUGGGUCUCAUUUUUGCUGUUCUGUUUCCUCUGCUACUAGAGGUCCAGUCUCUGUGGCCUUGUCACCCGCUGGUACUGGAGAUCCACAGUUAAGACGUCAGGACCCCCGGAUACCUAGAAAUGAAGAAAUGUUUUUGUUUGGUGCCCAAAUGAGAGUUUCUCCGCUUUCCUUGUACUUGAGUGAAAAACAAGAAGGAGGUAUGGAACUCAAACACAUAAAUCAAUUGGCUUUCCUCUCAUGUAGUCAUUAGAAAAAUGGAUAAAGCAGACAUGAUCCCUACAAUCAAGAAACUUUUAGUCUAUACUAGCAACUGGAUUAAAGGUUGAAUUAUGCAUUAUAUGGGAGUGUUGACAUUUAGGGAUGUGGCCAUAGAAUUCUGUCUGGAGGAGUGGCAAUGCCUAGACACUGCACAACAGAAUUUAUAUAGGAAUGUGAUGUUAGAGAACUACAGAAAUCUGGUCUUUCUGGGUAUUGCUGCCUUUAAGCCAGACCUGAUCACCUGUCUGGAGCAAGGACAAGAACCUUGGAAUGUGAAGAGACAUGGUAUGGUAGCCGAACUCCCAGUUGUAUGUUCUUAUUUUGCCCAAGACCUUUGGCCAAAGCAGGACAUAAAAAAUUGUUUCCAAAAAAUGAUACUGAGAAGAUAUAAAAAAUGUGGACAUGAAAAUUUACAGUUAAGAAAAUGUUGUCAAAGCAUGGAUGAGUGGAAGUUGCACGAAGAAUGUUACAAUGGACUUAACCAGUGUUUGACAACUACCCAGUGCAAAAUGUUUCAAUGUAACAAAUUUGUGAAAGUCUCUGAUAAAUUUUCAAAUUCAAACAGACAUAAGAUAAGACAAACUGGAAAGAACUCUUUCAAAUGUAAAGACUGUGAAAAGUCAUUUUGCACGCUUUCACACUUAGCUCAACAUAAAAUAAUUCAUACUGGGGAAAGACCCUGCAAAUUUAAAGAACGUGACAAAGCCUAUAAUGGGACCUCAAGCCUUUCUACCUGUAAAAUAAUUAAUACUGAAACAAAACUCUACAACUUUGAAGAAUGUGGGAAAACCUUUAAGCAGUUUUCACACCUGAAUAGACAUAAGAUCAUUUAUACUGGAGAGAAACCCUACAAAUGUGAGUCAUGUGGCAAAGCUUUUAACCAAUCUACAAACCUUGCUACACACAAGAGAAUUCAUACUGGAGAGAAACCCUACAAAUGUAAAGACUGUGUCAAAACUUUUAGCCAGUCCUCACAACUUGCUAAACAUAAGGGAAUUCAUUCUGGAGAGAAACCCUACAAAUGUGAAAAAUGUGGAAAAGCCUUUAAGCGAUUCUCAUACUGUACUGCACAUAAGAGAAUUCAUACUGGAGAGAAACCCUACAAAUGUGAAAAGUGUGGCAAAGCUUUUAUCCGAUCUUCAUACCUUACUAUACAUAAAAGAAUUCACACUGGAGAGAAACCCUACAAAUGUGAGGAAUGUGGCAAAGCUUUUACCCGGUCUGCAUACCUCACUUCACAUAAGAAAAUUCAUACUGGAGAGAAACCCUACAAAUGUGAGGACUGUGGCAAGGCUUUUAGCCAGUACUCAAACCUUACUAGACAUAAGGUAAUUCAUACUGGAGAGAAACCCUACAAAUGUAAAGAAUGUGGCAAAUCUUAUAACUGUUCCUCUACCCUUUCUAGACAUAAGAAAAUUCAUACUGGAGAGAAACCCUACAAAUGUGAAGAAUGUGGUAAAGCUUUUAACCGGUCCUCAACCCUUACUACACAUAACAGAAUUCAUACUGGAGAGAAACACUACAAAUGUGAAGAAUGUGGCAAAGCUUUUAACCGGUUGUCAACUCUUUGUAAACAUAAGCUAAUUCAUACUGGAGAGAAACCCUACAAAUGUGAGGAAUGUGGCAAAGCUUUUAAUCAAUCUCCAAACGUUACUACACAUAAGACAAUUCAUACUGGAGAGAAACACUACAAGUGUAAAGAAUGUGGUAUAGCUUUAAGCAGUCCUCAAACCUUACUAGACAUAAGAUAAUUCGUAAUGGAGAGAAACCCUACAAGUAUAAAGAAUGUGGCAAAGCCUUUAGUCCUCAAUUCUUAGCAGGCGUAAGAUGAUUCAUACUGAAGAGAAACUCUACAAACCCAAAAGUUCUGAUAAUGCUGUGACAACACCUCAGACAUUUCCAAACACAAAAGAAAUAGUGCUGGUGAGAAAUCAUGGAAGUGUGAAUAAUGUGACAAAGCCUUUAAAUGGUUGUCACUGUUGAUUCUAGCUAAGAUAAUUCAUACUGGAGAAAACCACAAGUAUGAACAAUGUGGCAAAACUUUUAAACAAUGCUCAUAUCUUAUUACACAGGAACACAUAUUUUAAGUGUACAAAUACAAAGAAAGUAAAAAAGUGGUUACUGUCUGUUCACAAUCUUACUCUACAUCAGAGAGUUUAUACUUAAUAAAAGCAUCAAAAAAAAAAAAGUAAUUUUUCUUAAAAGAUUCUUUAGAAAAUAUAAGCCUUUAAAGUGCUGAAGAGGGCUUAUUUUGAAGACAAACAUCACAAACAUAAAGAGAGUUGUAGUAACUUUACUUGUAAUGCAGAUGUUGUUGUAUUAGAGACAAGCCCUGAAGCUAUUGCUCAAAUUUUGUUCAACAUCAGAGAAUUUAUAUCCAACAAAAUCCCUGCAAAUAUAAUAAAUUUGGAAAAAAAGUAGAGCUAGGAAACUCCAGAGUGUUCAUACUAAAAUAUAUUUUUACAGAUACAGUAAAUAGAAAAAAAAAAAAAAAAGAAACCAUUGAAUCCAAAAUUAAGUCUAUGUAAAUAUCAGAUAAUUUACAUUAGAAAUGUAUAAGGCGGGCCAGGCAUGGUGGUUCGCACUUGCAAUCCCAGCCACUUGGAAGGCCGAGGUGGGUGGAUCAUGAGGUCAGGA